AUGCACGAAAUCGUGACUUUACAGUUCGGCAAGCAGAGCAACUACCUGGGCACUCACUUCUGGAACACACAAGAGUCCUACUUCACAUACCCGCCCGAGCCAGAGUCACCUGUGAAUCAUGACAUAUUGUUUAGGCCGGGUGUUGCUCCAGAUGGGUCCGAUACUUUCACGCCAAGAACGCUCAUAUACGAUCUCAAAGGUGCUUUUGGUAGCAUGAGAAAGAUCAAUGCCCUGUACGAGGCCGAAGACGACAGAAGCAUAUUAGAUCAGAACGGUGUCUGGCCAUCGAAGCCUAUUGUACAGCGCGCAACAGAGACUAUCCCACAAUCCACCUAUCAAGAGCACCUCGAUGCCGGCCUGCAGCCUCCUCCGCUCAGUACGUCGUCUGUCAGAUACUGGUCAGAUUAUAGCCGUGUCUACUACCAUCCAAAGUCCAUUGUUCAGCUGUCCGAGUUUGACGUCAACGACAAGCUUAUGCCCUUUGAGAGCUGGGACGUAGGGAUGGAGCUUUUCGAGAAGCUUGAAAGGGAAGUAGAUCUGGUUGACAGAGAUUUACGACCGUUUGUCGAAGAAUGUGAUGGCAUUCAAGGGCUCCAGAUCUUCACGGGUGUUGAUGACGCCUGGGGCGGUUGGGCCUCGGGAUGGCUCGAAAGGCUCAGAGACGAGUACGGCAAGAUGAGCAUUUGGACAUGGGGCCUAGGUGACCAUGGUGCCAACUCAUCGACCCCUCGAGAAAGACGCAUACAACAAGUCGCGAAUUCUGCGCGAUCUCUUCAAAUACUUGGAGAACAGUCGUCGGUGUACGUACCGAUGUCGAACAGCCCUGCUAAACUACCGGGCUAUCUAUCGUUAGAUGCAACUUCUCCCUGGCAUGUUGCAGCUUUACAGGUCAUGGGUCUGGAAAGCAUGACCAUAUCGUCACGUUUGAGAGCGUCUUUGGGCGGACGCGGAACGCUUCAGGACUUGGAAAACACUAUCAACAGUACCGGGAAACGACGUAUAGCGAAGCUCGAGAUGAGUGCUGCAGAUCCGGAGGUACUGUCAGAUAAGGCUUUCGAUGAAGCCGAGAAAGCGGAAAAGGUCGGUUCCAUGACAUCAAGGCAGACAAGUGAGGGCGACGAUCGACUAAGCCAUUUCGACAUUGAUACCUUCACUCGCGAUUACAGAACAGCUACCAGGAAAGGAAAGAAAGAACACGUUUUUGGGCGCGCGGAGGCUUAUCGUGGAGAGUGGGCCCUGUCUGAAGAUAACGAACGUGAUCCUCAUGACAGGUUCGAUAAUGGACCAGCAGUGCAAAGAUUUGCUGCACCGCUACUAUUUCCUUUGCUUGACAGCUUUCCUCGUUCGAUGCUGGACGUAGGGUCCGGUCACUCCACUAAGCUUGCUGUACAUACGGGGCUGACGACAAGUACCACUGUCGCUGAUCAGAUCCGAGCAGUCGAGCAGAUCGUCAAGCGAAUGGGCGGCAUUGAAGAAAAGGAAGCGCUAUGCAACGGCUUACAAGUCCUCGCGGAAGAAUACGAUGAAGGCUGGGAUAGUGGAUCAGAAAGCGAUGACGACGAUUAG